UACAUGAAUCUUCUGCAGUUGCCGAGGACUUGGUCAACUCGCUGAACCUGCUCCUCGACAACCUCGACAUUCCCAUAGAAAUCGAGUCGCCAUACGACCUCACACCAAGUUUACUCCUUGCCAUCUUGGAAAGUACACUCAAAUCUAGACUUCCUCUCUCUGACAAGCUACGGACUGCUUCGUCUCCCCAAUCUAAAGUCGAAGCUAUCAAAGUUUUUCUUGGUGUUCUGGGAAGCGAUGUCUUGCAGAGAGACCUCUCAUCGAUUGAUCCACGUCGAUUGGCGCGUGGCGAGUUCAAAGAGGUGGCAUACGUCGGUGGGCUGCUAGUCCAAGUGGCCAAGCAAAGCGGAAUGCUAAGCCAGGACCAAGAAGAAAUCAUUGACGUAGAUCCCAACUCAUCCUAUUCUGACUCGAUUAUCGAUCAUUUUAACCAGCUGAGAUUGGGAGAGA